AUGGACCCCAGGAGAGGCCGAGAUAUUGUCAGGGAGAUGGAGAAACCAUUUCUUCACCUUGCACAGGGGCCUCCCUGCCCACUGCCCAGCAAUCCCAUGAAGCAGCAGCAGGGGCUGAGGCAAGUCCACCUCACACCCUGGGAGGAGGGCAGGGAUGGGGCAAGUCAGGUUGAGUCUUUGCAACAGGGCCAGGCUGAGCAUAAAAGGGGGUCCCUCCGGCUGGGAGGAGGCGGAUUGGGGAUCAUGGAGACCCAGAGGGCCAGCCUCUCCUGGGAUGGUGGUCUCUGUGGCUACUGCUCCUGGGACUAG